AUGGAUCCUACUAUUGACCCCUCGACCUUACCCCAUGACAGCCGGGAGAAUGUUCUCAUUGGGGUAGUAUGCCUCAUGUGCAGUCUCGCCACGAUAUCUGUGGGGCUGCGAUUCUACACGCGACAAUACAUGGUCAAGCAGGUCGGGGCUGAUGACUAUCUGUCCUUGUUGGCGCUGGCUCUCGCUUGGGCUACUGGAAUCUCUAUGUGUCACAACACUCGCAAUGGUUUGGGCAAACACGUGUGGGAUCUGGAUGGUCCCAAACAGAUUAUGAACUACCUGAGGGGUUUCUGGGCCUCGAUAACACUAUAUAAUGCCGGACUCAUGUUCGUCAAACUGACCUUCCUGAUGCAGUACUACCGCGUUCUUGCGAUCAGGAAGAUGAGGAUUAUCUGCGUCGUCGCCAUGAUCAUCAUCGGAUGCUGGAGUCUGUCCCAGGUCCUCGUUGGCAUCUUCAUCUGCGCCCCAAAUCCCGGGGUCUGGGAGUGCAUACCGAAUCUACCACAGUGGUACAUCAACGCUGCUGGGAAUAUCGUGACAGAUGUCGUAAUCUUUUUACUGCCAUUGCCGGUCCUAGGGCGUCUGAACCUGCCUAAAGCGCAAAAGCUGGUACUAUUUGGUAUCUUCAGUCUCGGUUUCUUCACUUGCGCCAUAUCCGUGAUUCGAAUCAAGUUCCUCCAGAAUGGAAGUGACUUUUCGUACGACAACAUCGAAGAAUCCAGCUGGUCCAUCACGGAGCUGUGCUCCGGGGUCAUCUGCGCAUGUCUAUCCACCCUACGCCCGCUCGUUUCCAGGUGGGUGCCGGCACUCUCUAACAAGCUACACAAGACGAGCAACUGGUCACGUAGACGAUCUGGUUCCCACGCCACCGACGUCGAGAAAGGCAGCAAGCACACACGCCAGAGCUUGAAGGGGAGCAAUAUCACUGGUGCUUAUAGCAAAGAGGGGCUCUACCACCUCGGAACGUACGAGUUGCGCCGAAACGGCAGUGGGGAGACGUCGGACGGCAUCCUGGGGCUCAAGAGCACCAGGGAAGGCAUGUACGGCGAUGACGCCUCCUCCUCCUCGCCGACAUCGCCCAAAUCGGCGCACUUUGCGAUUCCCGCAACACCCCGAGAUGUGCUGCACGAUGACUGGCUCCGACCGAGUGUCACGGCGAAAAUAUGGAGCAGCAACAGCCCACGGCCACACUUCAGCCUGAACCAUAACGGGAGCUCCAUCCAGGUCAAGCGGGACCACCUGAUGCAGAAAUCUUCCUACCCUAUGGAGUGA